AUUCAUCAACCACCCAAAUUGUCCUCCGUCACCUAUUUCCACAGCCAUUCGGAUUUCUGCGGACUCCUACGACUUCUAUAUUGGCCUCCGAACUUGUCUGAAACCACAAACCAUCACCUUUACUUGAUCAAUCCGUUGCCUCCAAGGUCAUCAUGGCGCAGGAUGGUGAGCAACCAAAGUCUGUUGACAAGGGCAAGGGAAAGGCGGUAGAUGGGGAGCCCGGCAAAGCUGAGGAGGUUAAGAAGGAUAAGGAUGGGAAGCCUAUACCCAAUGGAAAGAAGGAGGAUGGUCCGGUUGGAGGUAGGGCUUAAAUGGAGAGUGGCUUUUGGUUGGUUGAAUGCUGAUAUAUGUUUACAGCAGAAGAGCUCAGUGAGGAAGACCAACAGCUAAAGAGCGAGCUGGAUAUGCUUGUUGAGCGUCUGACAGUACGCAACUUUGAGAUUGAAAUGGUUUACACAAUUACUAACUCUGGCAAUUCAGGAAUCCGACAAGACACUUUACAAGGCAGCGUUAGAGGCGAUUAAAGAGUCCAUCAAGACAUCGACCUCAUCGAUGACUGCUGUUCCUAAACCUCUCAAAUUCCUUCGACCGCAUUACGAGCCUAUGAUCAAACUAUAUGAGGAGUGGCCGGCUGGGGAUGACAAGACUUCUUUGGCAGAUGUACUUUCAGUAAUCGGCAUGACAUUUUCGGACGAAGACAGACAGGACACCCUCAAAUACAGACUGCUGGCACCAACGUCAGAUAUCGGAUCCUGGGGUCAUGAAUACACUCGCCAUUUGGCCUUGGAGAUUGGAGAAGUGUACACCAAGAGAUUAACGGCUGAACAACCAUACCAAGAUCUCAUUGAUCUCGCCUUGGUUUUAGUUCCUCUAUUUCUCAAAAGCAACGCCGAGGCAGAUGCCGUGGAUUUAAUGAGUGAGAUUGAGAUCAUUGAGGAUAUUCCCAAGUUUCUUGAUAAAGAUACCUUUCCUCGAGUUUGCUUGUACAUGGUUAGCAUGGUGAACCUAUUGACAUACCCAGAAGAUCAACAAUUCCUCCGAACAGCACACGGAAUUUACAAACAUUAUGGACAGCUUACCCAAGCAAUUGUUCUUGCUAUCCGCUUGAAUGAUAUCGACAUGAUCCAACAUGAUUUCAACUCGACGAAAGACCUGGCUCUUAAGAAGCAGAUGGCUUUCCUCAUUGCAAGACAGCAAAUCGUUCUUGAAUAUCACCCAGACACCGAGGAGGAGCAGGAAAUUGUCGAGUGUUUGAACAACACAAAAUUACCGGAGCACUUCAAGGCGCUAGGAAAGGAGUUGAACAUUCUGGACCCAAAGACAACCGAGGAUAUCUACAAGAGCCAUCUGGAAAGCAACCGUGUCGCUGGUCUAACCAACCUUGAUUCUGCACGACACAACUUGGCGGCUGGUUUCGUGAACGCUUUUGUGAAUGCUGGAUAUGGAAACGAUAAGAUGAUGAUGGUUGAGGAUGACAAAUCCAGUUGGGUAUGGAAGACGAAGGAGGAGGGUAUGAUGUCCACUGUAGCAUCUUUGGGCACAUUACAAUUGUGGGAUGUUGAGGGCGGUCUUGACAAAAUCGACAAAUACACCUAUUCCGAGGAAGAGCCAAUUCAAGCUGGUGCUAUGUUGGCUAUCGGUAUCAUGAACUCGGGAGUUCGUAUGGAUUCUGAACCUGCCUUGGCUCUUCUUGGUGACACGGAUAAGUUGAACCACCAGAGCCCACAGGUCCGAGUUGCUUCCAUUAUGGGAUUGGGACUUGCGUACGCUGGUUCGAACCGGGAGGAACUUUUGGAGCUUCUAUUACCCAUUGUGGGUGAUACUACCCAGGACAUGCAAAUGUCUGCUAUGGCUGCACUUUCUUUGGGAAUGGCAUUUGUUGGAUCAUCAAAUAGUGAUGUUAGUGAAGCUAUUAUCCAGACCCUUCUCGACGAUGAGCGUAAAUCACAACUGAAGGACAAAUGGACCCGCUUCAUGGCUCUUGGUCUCGGAAUUUUGUACUUUGGACAACAGGAGGAGGUCGAUGUCAUUCUCGAGACUCUGAAGGCGAUUGACCACCCAAUGUCAAAACCAACUUCAGUCCUUGCAGAAAUCUGUGCCUGGGCAGGAACAGGUACUGUUUUGAAGAUGCAGGAACUUCUCCAUAUCUGUAACGACCACAUCGAGGAUACCGAUGACAAGAAGGGUGAUGAGCUUCUUCAAGCUUAUGCCGUUGUUGGAAUUGGUCUUGUUGCUAUGGGUGAAGAUGUCGGCCAAGAAAUGGUUCUGCGCCAAUUUGGCCAUUUGAUGCAUUACGGUGAGGCCAACAUUCGAAGAGCUGUUCCUUUGGCCAUGGGUCUGUUGAGUCCAAGUAACCCACAGAUGAAGGUCUAUGAUACUCUUUCCAGAUACAGUCACGACAAUGACAACGAUGUUGCCAUUAACGCCAUAUUUGCCAUGGGUCUUCUGGGAGCAGGAACCAACAAUGCCAGAUUAGCGCAACUUCUCCGACAAUUGGCAAGUUACUACCACCGAGACCAGGAAUCCCUCUUCAUGGUCCGCAUCGCUCAGGGUCUUCUCCACAUGGGCAAGGGAACACUAUCCAUCAGUCCAUUCCACACGGAUCGACAGGUUCUCUCUCGUGUCGCGGCUGCCGGUCUCUUAUCGGUACUCGUCGCUAUGAUUGACGCCAAGCAGUUUGUCACCGAUAAAUCGCAUUACCUCCUUUACUACCUCGUCACUGCUAUGCAUCCACGAUUCCUGGUUACCCUGGAUGAAGAUCUCAAGCCACUGACUGUAAAUGUGAGAGUGGGUCAGGCUGUGGAUGUCGUGGGACAGGCUGGACGACCUAAGACUAUCACUGGGUGGCAGACGCAGAGUACGCCGGUGCUUUUGGCGUAUGGGGAACGAGCGGAGUUGGAGGAUGAGCAGUAUGUUCCUUUGACGAAUAAUCUUGAGGGGCUGGUGAUCUUGAGAAAGGUAUGUUGCACUCUUCCCGUGCUGAAUCUUGAUGAGAACGAGAAGAAUGAAUGCUAAUUCGUGAUAUAGAACCCUGAUUGGGAUGAUGGGAAGAGUUGAGUGGGGGGUUACGCAGCAACGAAAUACACUGUAUAAUAAAAGGCUUUCCGUAGCAAAAUGAGGUUUAUCCCUCCUCCUUUUAUAGGGGAGGCGAUCAGCUACCUUAGCUACUAUGAAUGAUAGAGGUGAAAUAUUGGAAUUACUACUUAAGAUCUA